AUGGAGUGCCCCGUCAACCUGGCGGUCAAGCUUCUCCGGUCCGUUCAGGGGACCUUGAGUUGCCGUCGCCUCAUGUCUCUCGUAGCAGAGGCGCUCCUAAAGCUCACACUCUUGCUAAGAAACUCAAACAUCUCGAAGAGACGCAUGAAUCCGGGUAGGCUAUCGUUCCCUUUCCAUGGUGAUGAAAUGGUAGAUUUAGAGAAAUUUGGGUCUGCCUGGAACACAUAUCUCCAGAACCAUGCGAGAAGAAGUGAGAAUGCUUCCCAUAGAAUGUCCGAGCUUGAAAAGGUUAUCGACGAUCAAAAGAAGAGCAUCGUUGAGCAUAGUGAAAGAAUCAAGACACAGGCUUCGGCAGUAGUUUCACUCGAAGCUCGCGCCGCCCAGUUGUUGGAACAGAAUAAUCUACUGGCAAAGGCAAACGACGACCUCCAGGGCCAAGUGGAGCAGAUUGAGCAACAGGAGUUAUACAAACGCUGCAAGUUGCUGUGUGAUGGGACUAUCGAAACUAUCCGAGUGGAGAAAGAGGAGUCUGUAUCACAACAGAGGCAAGCACUGGACCAGGUCGAGAUUGGGAUGCAGAAGGCUGCCAAGGCACGGAGUGCAAUGAAGGGUCUACUAGAGGAGGAAAUCCGGUCAUUCAAGGCACACUGCACAAAGGCUGAUGAGGAGAACUCUUCGUUGAAACGCCAAGUGUCUAGCUUACAUGAGAAGCUCAAGGCCGAGGAAGCAAAAUCAGAGGGCCUGCUUGAUAAAAUGAGGACUGAAUGUUCCACCCAUGACCGACUGCAACUCUUGGAAGCUAAGUCCAAUGAUAUUCUGGAACAGCUUCAUGAAGCUAGUUCGGGGCUAGACCUGAAGGAGCAAGCAUACGCGGGGAUUACAUCAAGGCUUGAUAUGAUUAUUGAAAAGGCCGACACGACUGGGGUGGCUGUUUCCGAGCUCCCAGAAGUCGGGAAGAGUAUCAACCAACUAAGUAGCCUGUUGAUUACCACUGGAGACAGACUGAAAGACGACGUUUCGAAUAUACUCUCAGGUCAAAAUGACAUGUGCACGGCAUCGUUGAGCCUCGAGAGUAGGAUCCGAGACCAACUAACCGCCGUCAAUGAGUUAAUCAGAAAUCAAGACGAACAACUGCGCCUUCAACUUGCCGAGAAAAACAGAAGGUGCGAGGAAUUGGCUGUUCAGGUAGCGGAAAAAGAUAGCAAACUCCAGGUUGCCAAACAGCAAAUUACUGAGGCUACCUCAACUGUCAAAGAAAAGGACCUCCAAGUGCAGGCACUCGAUGUUCAGAUACAGACCUUAGAAGAAGUUGCCAAAGAGAAGUCAGUUCUAGACCGGGACAGCGCGUCCUUGCUCGACCAGCUUGAAAGCAACAGGGCAGAUCAAGCCGAGUGGUAUUCUCGAAUAGAGAAUUCGACUGAGCAAAGAGUUGGCAAGCCUCCUGGCCUCUAG